ACAACAACAUUGACAUAAAACAAUGAAAAGUCACAGCAUGGGGAAGUACUGAUUAAAUACUCAUUUACAUAUUAUAUGGACAGGGGAAAUAUGUGUAAAGUCACGUGAUCACGCUCGUAUUUCAUUUUGCUUGUGUGUCUUUCAUACGACGAGUGUGGACUCUUUUGCUUCUGUGCCUCGUUUCGCUCCUGUGUUGAUGAGGAUGCUUAGGACACGCGCAGCUGAUUAAGAGGACCGCCACUCAGAUUUUUGUCCAUGACCCCACUGCAUGGAGCAUCAAGCGCCGACAUCCUGUGGAGUCUCGGAGGUGUGAAUCAGCUGACGCAAGCAGGAAGCUGCAGGCCAGAGGAUCAUGGGACUUGUGGCCGCAGGCCCUGAGCUAAAAGGUCAAUGAGUAGCUCCAGCCUGCUACGGGGCCGCCGCUUUUACUGCCGGGAAUGGGCCCUGGACAAGCUGCGGCGCUGCCUGGAUGCCCGCUCUGUGCCGGGUCAGCCUCCGGGAUUGCUGGUGAUGGGGGGUCCCGGAGCCGGCAAGACCGCCCUGUGCACCGAGGCGGUGUGGCCCGCCUCUGAAGCUGGACAUGCAGCCGGGCUGGCGUCACGAUGCCUAGCCUGGCACUUUUGCCAGCGGGAGGCACAGGGGAGCACGACGGUGUGGCGGUUUGUGCUCGGCCUGGUGGACCAGCUGAGGGCAUCAUCACUGCUCCCGCCGGAAUACUGCAGCCAUCUGGAAGAGCCACUUGCGGCGUCCUCGCUGGACCCCCUCAGCUGCCAGAAAGCUCCUGAUGACACCUUUAAGAGAGCAGUCCUGGACCCCCUGCUGGCCCUCCCCCCGCCCGCCCAGACCCUUAUGGUGCUGGUGGACUCCAUGGAUGUGGGCUACCAGGGAAGCCGAGCAGGCGGGAGGAGCCGGUCCAUCGCAGAGCUCCUGGCGGCCCAUCAGCACCUACUGCCCAGCUGGCUUCUCUUAGUCUGCUCAGUGCGCCGCCACAACAAGACCAUGUGCAAGAUGUUUUCAAGUUUUCGUAAACUGUGCCUGGAUGAUCUACGGAGGCCCGACCCAGUCCACGACGUGCAGCAAUACAUCUUGUGCCGCUUGGACAAUGAAGGGGCACUCCGCCGUCAGCUGACCCCGGACACGGCGGACAUGUUGAAUCUGCUUCACAUCAAAAGCAGCGGCUGCUUCCUGUUCCUGGAGCGGGUACUGGAUGGCGUGGCUGCAGCCGUCAUAGGUCUCCGCGAGAUCCGGGACAUUCCAGGAACUCUGAACGGCCUCUACCUGUGGCUGUGCCAAAGACUCUUCCCCCGGGGGCUCUUUGGCUAUGUCAAGCCCCUCCUAAAUGUCAUCCUGGCCGCCCCCACACCUCUCACGCCUCAGCAGAUGUUCAUGGCACUGUGGACCCACGACAACUUGCUCAGUGUCCAGGAGUUCCAGAACAAACUCGGAACUCUUUCCCCUCUCCUCAUUGACGGUCCGGAGGGCAGCAAAUUACUUUUUCAUGGCAGCUUUGCAGAGUGGCUGACGGAUGUCAAGUACUGCACUCAAAAGUACCUUUGUAGCCGAGCUGAGGGUCACAGCAUGCUCGCCAUGGUUCUGACGCUUCGGGCACCCCUGCUGGACUUGGAGGAAACCGUCCAGCUCGGGGCGCAUUUAAUUUGCUCCGGUCACCAUCAGGAGGACUCCUCCCUUCUGGCACUUUGGAUGAUCUGGGCUGGCGUGCCGGCUUUGAACAGCAGCAGCACCCUCGCCAUGUCAUUAACUCAAGCACCAGUUGUGACGCAGCAGAGAGUCUUUCAACUUCUGAAGAGGAGUGGACUGGUGUCAGGAGCCGAUCUACCUAAUGCGGAUUCUAGUCUGGGACCGCAUUGUGCGCGUGAAGAAACAAACAAUAUGCAGCAAGAACUUGUGAAUAACUGUGGGUUGUCUGCGAACCGACUCAGUUCUACAGACGGACAGACCUUGCUUGCGACCGCGGCCCUCGAGGGUUCCGCAAAUGUAGUCCAAUUUCUGCUGAUGCGUGGAGCUGAUCCUCUCAUCAGCGACCACCAUGGUCAAACAGCGCUGACGUUAGCCUCCAGGCAGGGUCACAUUAGCGUACUACAUGUACUGCUGGAUUGGGCACGAGUCCAGGAUGCUGCCACCGCUGUGAGAAUGAUGGAGCACGUGGACAAUGACGGCUGGACAGCGUUGCGGUCCGCGGCCUGGGGAGGACACAGUGAGGCCAUCAGGCUUCUGCUCGAUGCGGGCGCAGAAGUGGACGGCUGUGAUGCAGAAGGCCGCACCGCCCUCAGGGCUGCAGCCUGGGGGGGGCACGAAGAGACAGUUCUCACCCUGCUAGACUACGGGGCACAGGUGGACAAGGCUGACUGCAAAGGCCGAACUCCCCUGAUCGCCGCUGCCUACAUGGGACACCAUGAGGCGGUGGAGGUGUUGCUGGACCACAACGCAGAAGUCAAUUUGCCUGACGGAGACGGGCGCACCGCUCUGUCAGUCGCUGCCCUCUGUGUCCCGACAGCAGCAGGGGUCAAAGGUUACUGCCAGGUAGCAAGUCUCUUACUGGAACGUGGAGCCGAACCCGGACACAGAGAUCACGAUGGAAUGACUCCACUGCUCCUCGCGGCCUACGAGGGCCAUGAGGACAUAGUAGAGCUCCUGCUGGACACUGGAGCAGACGUGGAUGAGACCGCAGGCCCUGAUGGUGCUGCCCCUGUGGCAGCGGCCGUGACCCCACUGCUGGCAGCUGCAGCGAUGGGCCACAUGAAGACGGUAUCUCGGCUCCUAUUUUGGGGCGCAGCCGUGGAUGCCAUCGAUUAUGAAGGCAGAACCGCCCUCAGCCUGGCAGCGGCGCAAGGAAACACAGAAGUUGUACGAGCCCUCCUCGACCGAGGCCUCGAUGAAAACCACAAGGAUGACUUGGGCUGGACGCCACUCCACGCCGCAGCCUGUGAAGGCCAUCGAGCUGUGUGUGCUGCGCUAACUCAGCAAGGCAGCAUGGCACGAGUUGGCGAGAUGGACAUCGAAGGCCGCACGCCGCUUAUUCUGGCGGCUCAGGAAGGACACCUGAGUACGGUGAGAUUGUUGCUGGACAGACGCUCGCCCAUCGACCACAGGGCCUACGAUGGACAUUCUGCUUUGAGCGCCGCCCUCCUGGAGGGUCACUCUGAGGUGGCUGAGCUGCUAAUGCGGCGAGGAGCUGACACUGAUGUCCGUGAUGCAGAAGGACGACCUCUACUGUACCUCCUGGUCUUGGAAGGUCGGCUUGACAUGGCGACUCGACUCAUCGAGAAAGGCGGGGUGCCUAUGGAAUCUCGAGACUCAGAGGGCCGCACAGCCGUGCACGUGGCCUCCUGGCAGGGAAGUGUGGACAUGGUGGACUUGCUCCUGAAGCACGGGGCCAACCCCAAUGCACAAGAUGCAGAGGGGAGGCCGCCAUUGCAUUCUGUGGCCUGGACAGGACGCCUGGAUAUCGGGCGCCAUCUUCUUGGAGCAAGUAGCAUCAACAUAGAUCUCGCUUGCCGCCAGGGAGCGACAGCUCUGAGCAUCGCAGCCCAGGAAGGACACACUAAUGUCGUCUCAAUGCUCCUGGAGCGAGGUGCGAACCCCAAUCAUGUAGACCAAUAUGGUCGCACUCCCAUGAAAGUGGCAAGGAAGCGUGGACAUGCGCAUGUGGUCUCCCUCUUAGAGCGCUUUGGAGCCAAACCAUGUCCAGGUGUGCUGCCCAGAACCUGCAUCGUCUCUAACGCCAAGGUCAACAAGACAUCCUCCUCAAACAUUUCAGGCCGUAAUGGAGCUCAAGCUGUGAACUCCUCAUCCUCCUCGCCGUCUUCUCUAGGUUCCACCGCAGAGCGAUUCCACUCCACUCACAGCUCACAGACAUCCUCAACCGGAUGCUCCAUGGCCACCACGCAAACAGUCCCGGCCGACAGUCUCAGCUUUAUCCAGCAAAUCCAGCAGCAUUCAUUGCCCCGCAGCCGCAGCCGACCCUCUACACUCCCCCCACCAGGGGGCUCAGGUGCGGGCAGCAACCGGAGGCCUCCCAAAAGCAGCCCCCCACCAACCCUCUGCACCGUGACCGCCAUGGUCCACAACUGUGAGUGUCCUCCAAAGGUCUCAUCAUAUGGACUGGACUAUCAGGACAGAAUGAACCAGCAGAACCUAAGCCAAAUGACUGGUGCUAAAACUGUAAACGGUGCCCCUGCUGGAUUCCCAGCCAAGAUCCAGUACCCCCAUCACAAAGAGGCUUGGGAUCCUCCACCCAAACGAAACACUCUGUCACCUGCUCACUUUAGCUUUAGCCCAGUGUCGCCCUCUCGUGCCUCGCCAGGGGACAUGCUCACAAUGAAAACUUCAGACCCCCAGCUGAACCUCAAACAGGCCAUUAAGCUGCAGUUUGAGGGUCCCACCAGCGCAGCCUUUUACAAGAGAGAAACCCCCUUGUGAGCGCCCCCCAAGACAGGGUUGUGACAAUAAUACAAACACAGAAAAAUUAACUACACAACCAGUCAAGAUAUUGUAAUAAUUCGUAAAGGCUUUUGAGUGGUGAAACAAUAUUACUUAUUUUAUUAUGAUUUGGGAAAAAAAAUGUUUGUUGAGCAGAGCUCACAUACCCACACACACUGAGGCCUUCCUUUGUCGUCAGGCUUGUCGUUCUGUUUUGUCUUAUUUUUUUGUUAUUCUAAUUUAUUUGAAUGGAUUUGAGACUGAGCCAGUAACUGUUGAAUAAUGCUGUUAGCUAUUUUAAUACUCAUAUGUCAGUUACUGUAUGGGUCAGUGAACACAUAACACUGCUUUAUAAGGAUAUUGUUGCCUUUUUGUUUACUGGAUCACACUGUUAAUAUUUUCACCAUCUUGUUUGGCUACAUAAGAAACUAUGCAGCAAAUUACAAGCCAAUAAAACACUUUGUUAAAUGAGAUGAUGCACACAUUGAUACAUUUUGUUGUCAUUGUGUGUCAAUAUACUGUAUGCCAAACUAUCCCAAAAAACAUCUUAACUCUGUGUUAUAGGUGAAGCAAAUAUUAUAUCUUAUUAAUAACUAAUGUAUUUUUUACAGUAUGCCCAAAGCCAAUAAAAAUAAGAUAUGCUGCACUUUGGACGUUGGUGUUUUACAGU